CAUCGAGAACAGACUUUGCGAAAUCUUCAUGUGUAGAGUUCUCAUCUAAAUGGAGAACUUUACAUCAUCUACUAUCAGCGUUGAAUACAUAUUUGUUUUUCUUAAUCCAGUUACCGGAAACAAUAAUAACCGGAUCCAUAACCAACUGAGAUAGAUGAAGAAGAGAAAUAACGGGUAUGAAAGGGGAGGAGAGGAAUAUGAACAGGCUGAUUAAAACCUAGUUUUGAAGUUCUUUCGUUACUGAUGACAUGGCAAAUCCGAAUUGAUGACAUGGCAGCUGACAUGGAAAUUCGGUUUUUCAGCCACCAAAAGAAUAUAUAACUCAGACACCCAAAGUCAGUCCACAUGUAGUAAGUAAGUCUGCCGAAACGUGGAUACUAGUUCAGUAAUUAAUCUUUUUCGAUAACCCAGCUGUAAAUAGGAUGAAUGACAAUAAGCCAGCCAUAUCGUUUAACAAUUCAGCCGUAAAACAAUACUCCCUCUGUUUCAUAAUAGAUGAUGUUUUAGAAGAUUUUUGUUGUUUCAAAAUAGAUGAUGUUUUGAUAUUUUUAUGUUAUUUUUAACUUUAUUGAAAACUGUGUAACCAAUUAGAUGUUGUAGUCAUUUCUGUAAUUGGUUGAAUGAUUUUUAAAUUAUAUUUUUAAAACUACUUUUUAGAGAAAAGUAAAUUUCUUAAUCUUUGUGCACCAAGGAAUAACAUCAUCUAUUAUGAAACGGAGGGAGUAUUAUUCUAGUAAUUAAUCUUUCGCUAAUAACUCAACCACAAUAUAGCUGAGUUUCAUGUUAAACCAUCCAGUUUCGACUGAUUUAAAAUAACUCACCGUCAAACAUCCCAUAACUCAGCCAUUCGGUGUUCAUUAACUCAGCCGUGGGUAUAUAACUGAGUCGUGUCUUUACUACGACUCAACCAAAUUUUCUAGAAAUCAAUCCAUCGAUGAUUAAGUCAGCCGUAACGUCAGUACGUAAGUCAGCCGUUGUCCAAUAACUCAACUAGAUUCAUAUAACUCAACUCUUACGCGUGAUUUACUUAUCGUCUUAAAUCAGCCUAUUUUACUAAGUCAACUAUUUUAUUAUAAGUUAGCCGAAACUUAUACAUAUACUAGCCGUAACGAAAGACGUAUUCUUUUACGGCUGACUUAAUGAAAACACGGAAGCGUAUUCCUACGUGUCGCCGGAUUUUUGCUUACGUGGCGUUAAAAAGUAAUGGCAUUCUCGUAAAUACAUUUUUUCUCAUAACGUGGAUAAAGGGCACGCUUGGCAUUUAAAAAAUGACAGUAAUAAAAAAAGAUUUGUAUGGUUCUGGUCAUCAGUCCUAAAAUAUAUAAUAUCUGAGUCAACUUCCCAUCAUAAAUAUUCUCUCAUAUCGUAUAUUUAUUUAAAUAAUAUAAUAAUUUUUUUUCUAAUCAUAAAAGUUUACAAUUAAUUUGUGUUUGUUAUAUUUAUGUGUGUGUGAUAGUAUAAAUUUUAAUCACAAUAAAUAUUUUAAAUAAACCCCUUAAUUAUUAUUAAAUCAUUAUUAGAUAAAUUAAAACAAAUGCUAUGAGUUGUAAACUUUAAUUUAUUUUGAUAAUUAGAGCUGGGCUAAAAACCCAAAUCCGAAGAACUGAAAGAACCGAUCAAAAAGGUAACAACGGACCCGAACGGAAACUGAUUAAGUAUUUGUACGGGUUCAUAUUUUUGGUAUCUAAAGAACUGAAACAGACCCAAACUGAAGUAUUUUGGGUAUCUGAAUGUAUCCGAAAUAGAUUUAUAUACCUAAAUAUAUUACUGAUUGUUAGAUUUAAUGUAUAUUAUAAACAUUCAAAAUAUAUAAGAUCUCUCUCGCAUAUAUAAAACAUACAUCCUCUACUCUUAACUCAGAUCACUAAUCACUAAAACAUAAUACAAAAAUAAGAAACACACAUUGAGUGAGGAUGAGAUUGGUUUGGUGCUGGGUAGUUUGAAUGGUGUGGGGUUUGGUACUGUGGCUAUGGGUGGUGUUUGUUUAGCGUUUCCGAGUGUUCUGCGUGGUGGUGUGGAGAUUGGUUGUUUGUUUGUUAAGCUGAGGAGAUUGUUUGAGGAGUUUGGUUCAGAGGAUGUUGUUGAAGAGAAUGUGGAGUCUUGGUACGCCUUUGGUAGGAAGGUUAGGGUAUUUUACGAUUUGGGGUUUGAGAGUGAGGAGAUGUGGGAGUUGACGUGUUGAAAGUAAGCUUGAAGAAAGCUUGUGGAACAAGCUAUCCUAAAAGUAUUUGGAAUGUGAAAGAAAUAGGAAAUAUACUAGUUUAGGAGUUAUCUAAAUAAGUUAAGCUAAUGAGAUUAGGAAAUUGAUAUCUCUAUAUAAGGAGAUGCCAAUGUGUGGCAUUACUUAUGAAUUGAGAGAGAGAUCUUUGUGAGAGCUUAAGCUUUUGAGAGAGUUUUCUUAAGCUAAUAAGAAUUGAGUUAUUCUUAAUGAUCUUGUGAGUUUAUACAAUAAUAUUGAAACUAUAUUUGGUAUCAGAGCUUGUGACGAGCUUGGGAACGAUUGAUGUUUUGAUGUUUUACGGUGAAGAUCCGGAGAGGUGGGUUGAGUGGAUUGACGUGUUGGUUGCAGCUCACAACUUCACCGUUUUCAAAACACGAAAGUUUAUGUAUGGGUUCAAUGAAGGUCAUGCUCUGUCGUGGUAUGGAGAUGAAAUUUCACAAUAUGGGUUUAGUAGCUGGGGUGAUUUGAAAGUCAGAUUACUCAAUCGGUUCAAUACAUCCGCAAAGGAAGAGAAGGAGCAACUGGAACAGUCCAGAUUUAUGGAUAUUUUGAAAGAGAUAAGUAAUCGUUUUGAACAAAGAUGGAAAAGAAAAGAGGAUAAAGAAGUCUCAGGAGGAGAAGACAUUGGAAAAGAAAAGAGGAUAAAGAAGUCUCAGGAGGAGAAGACAUUGGAAUCAGAUGACGUAAAACAGGUCGAGAGCGAUGACGGAGGGGAUGAUCUAAUUAUGUACUCAAAUCAGCUGAUUCAAUAUGUGAAGAGUGAUAUGUUGAUUCUAGCUUAUCCAGUGAUGGUGCAGGAGAAGGAUGAUCCAGAGACUGAAACCCUUUUGUUCGAUGAGGAUAACAGCUCAAAGACAGAGAUGGAUAGUGGUGCCUGCCAAGUGUUCGAGAAAAUUCUCAAGAGAAGAAAGAAAGUAACAAAGAAGAAGAAGAGAUUAAAAAAGCUCUUUAGUGAUAUUGAAGAUCAGUUGGUAGAGUUUUUAAGCCACAAAGAGAGUGAUAACUCAGACAUGUUGGGGAUACAAAUGGAGAACACAACCAAGAGACAAAGAAAGAGUUGGUUGGAGUGGAGUAAAGGGAACUGUCACUGGGUACACACUCGGCAAAGGUUAGACAGAAAGUGGAUGCUCAUAUUCAGAAAGAAGAAGAGAAAGAGGAAGAGAGAAAUCAAAGUGCUUUUGGGUGUUGAGAAUAAGAUAGAGAUUGUAAAGAGUUACCAGAGAGGGGAAAUCGAGGAGUUAGAGAAGCUCUUAGUCAAAAUGAAUGAUACUAUGGAGAGUUUUACGAAGGAAGAGAAAGCUGUGAGAGACAUGGAGGACAAGAAGAUGGAGUCGAAUGGUUCAAAACAAAAGAUAGAAUUGAAGCUCUACAACACGAUGACGCAGCAGAAGGAAGUUUUGAAUCCAAUCAAUCUUGAGCUCAUGAUCAAUCCCGGCAAAGUCAGAAUGUAUGUCUGUGGAAUGACAGCCUACGAUUUGAGACACAUCGGCCAUAACCGCGCUGCCGUUUUCUUCGACGUCCUAUACAGAUACUUGAAGCAAUUGGGUUACGAAGUUAAUUACGUCAGGAUUUUCACAGAUGUUGAUGACAAGAUAAUCAAACAUGCUAAUGAGAAUGGAGAGAAGCCGUUAGAUUUGAGUAAACGUUUUUGUAAGGAGUAUUGGGUGGAUAUGGAAGCUAUUCAGUGCCUACCUCCCACAGACGAGUAUUAUCUCCGCAGCCAUAUUGAUGAUAUUAUAAUCUAUAUUGACAACAUUAUCGAGAAAGGCUUGGGGUAUGCUGUGAAACGAGAAGAUGUGUUCUUAUCUGUCGAGAAAUUUACAGACUAUGGUAAAUUGUCGUGUCAACUGCUGGAACAUAAAUGGGGUGGCGAGCAAAUUGAGGUUGAUCCUAGAAAGCGUAAACCUGCUGUUUUUACAUUAUGGAAAGCUGCAAAACCUAAUUGGGAAAGCUCGUGGGGUCAACGAGUAAAACCAAGAUGGCACAUCGAGAGCAGUGUCGUGAGUGCUCAUUAUCUGUCUCCGAGUUUCGUAGUUCAUGGUGGUGGUGCAGAUUUGAAAUUCCCACACCAUGAAAACAAGCUCGCUCAGACAUGUUCUGUAUGUGAUGAUGGUGGCAUGAGUUACUGGUUGCAUAAUAGGCAUGUAACUAUCCAUAACGACAAGAUGGCGAAAUCAAAGAAGAAUCUUUAUGAGUUUAUUGAGAAAGAGAAGGCAAUGGUGGUACAGAUUGAUGCAAUAGGGAAAGAGAAGAUGGUCAAGGAAUCUGAGCUCGAGAGGUUAAUGAAUGAAAAGGUUUCAGUUGAGAAACAGAUGGAAAUGUUCUAUGUGCAAUGCUUGGAUAAGGAGAAGUCGAUUGGCAAGUUGUCUCGGGAGAAGAUUGAACUUGAGGAGCAUUUGUUGCAAGAGGAGAAAAGGCGAGUUGAGCUGAUUCGAAAGAUUGAUGAGCUAGUGCGUGUUGAGACCAGUGAGAAGCUUCAAUGUAAAGUUGGAGAGAUAAGGAUGCUUGAGCAUGUUGAGCUCGAGAGAGAAAACUUGAAUGAUGCACUUGAUGAGGAAAAGAGACAUGGAGAGGAUCUGAAGGCAGAUGUUUCAAAAUCAGAGAAGAUGAUUGAGACAACUCUAGAAGAGUUUGAGAAGAUUAGGAUUGAGCGUGAGAGUUUAUCUACAGUAAAGGCUAUCCUGGAAAAGAAAAUACAAGAUCUCACAAAUCCCAUUAAUGCUCUAAAAAAGGAAGUAAAAUCUGCUGUAAUGGAAGCGAAACACAGCUUGGUGACACUAAAAGGUACCGCAUCCGAUGUGUCACAAUCAGAUAGUGAGCAGCAGAAGCAAGAAAAUGGAACAAAAUCCUAUGCCUUGGAUUUAGUAUCAAUAGAGAAAGCAUACGAAACCGAAGAGGACAUAAUCGAGGAGAUGAAGAAAGAAGCUAAGUCAAUGAAGCUAUCAACAGAAGAGUACCACAAGAAGAAGAAAAAGUAUGCUAAGAAGCUCGGCCAUAACUGAAAAACUAGAGUAGAGAAAGUCCCAUGUAUCGUCAGUGACUGGCCUCUCGAAGAACAUGAGCUUAAGGCCUUAGAAGCUCGACAUGCCCGUGCUCUCCGGGAGAUUGAACAUAAAAGGAGAAAACUUGGCUUGGUUGAGGAUGAUAAUAGCAAGACAGAAGAAGGGUAUGAACAUGAGAAGAAAGAGGAUAACGUAACUAGAGUUGUAAAUGGUCGUGAUGACUCAGAGAAGGCUUUCUACAAGGAACUCUUCUAUCACUCUAGGUUUCAUGGUACACUAGCUGAUAUCUUCCUACGAGACACAGAUCUCAUCUCAGAUUCUCGUGGAAUGGUCGCAUUUGUAGCCACAAUUACUACCACUCUCACUGGUUAUCUCUAUUACAUUACUGCUUCACCUAAAGAUCCUACUUAUAUAAUGGCACCAGUCUUGAUGCUCCGUUAUGCUCGUGACGAGUUGAAAAUGAUGGCUCCCUACAUUGAAAAGGACUGGGAGGUGAACAAGUGCAAGGUUAAGGAGCAGAAACUUGAGUCUAGGAUGUGUUCAAGCUUAAGGGGGAGAAUGUUGAAAGUAAGCUUGAAGAAAGCUUGUGGAACAAGCUAUCCUAAAAGUAUUUGGAAUGUGAAAGAAAUAGGAAAUAUACUUGUUUAGGAGUUAUCUAAAUAAGAUAAGCUAAUGAGAUUAGGAAAUUGAUAUCUCUAUAUAAGGAGAUGCCAAUGUGUGGCAUUACUUAUGAAUUGAGAGAGAGAUCUUUGUGAGAGCUUAAGUUUUUGAGAGAGUUUUCUUAAGCUAAUAAGAAUUGAGUUAUUCUUAAUGAUUUUGUGAGUUUAUACAAUAAUAUUGAAACUAUAUGACGGGUAGAAACAGAUCAUUGUUAAUGGAAUGUUCAGAAGAAGCUCUUGUGAACAAGUCUGAUUAUUUUUGUAGAUUUGGUAUUGGGAAAAAGGAAGCUGCUCUUUUGAUUCUACGAAAUCUUGAUGUUAUUAGUUUUGAUUUAGAGAAGCCUGUGAUCUCAAUUAAAGGAGUGCUGGAUUGAGUGAGGACGAAGUGGAUGCUCUUUCUCUGAAGCACCCUCACGUUUUUGGUAGAAACAAGAUGAAAAAUCUGGGUUUUUAGUGGGGCAAUUGUCAAUAAUAGCACAUUUUGAAGUUUAUGUCUCAAAAAUAGCACUAGAAGGAGAAAGUCACAAAAAUGACAUUCAUUAAAGGGUAAAAUAUCCCUAAUACUCUUGGUUUGAAAUUAAAUAAACAAACAAAAAUAAAAAAAAAUAAAUAAAAAAAAUAAAAAA